CCCUCGGUUUGCCUGACUGUGGCACCGCGCCUCCUUCCUACUGCUCCGGGGGCCUCAGUACACACCCCUGCCCACGCCGCACCCCCAGCCCAAAUGAGUCCCGUCCCCAGUUGUUCGCCUGAACCUUGGCCAGGCAAUGCCCUGUUUUCCACUCCGCUUGCCUGGCUGGGACUGGGGGUGCUGGGGGGCCUAUGUCUGUCCAGUGGCAGAGGCUGUGCCCCAGAGCACGUCUGUGGGUGCUUCGCUGUGGGUCACUGAGCGACAGGAGCGGGCCCUCUGACGCCUGGGCUUGCUGUGUAUCUAGGGCCAGUGCCCAGCUAGCCAGCUGACCCCGGCCUUAGGGGAGAGGUUCUUGCUGGCCGUCCUGACCCUGCUGGUAAGGCGAUGAUGUUUUCUGCUGGGCAGUGGCAUUUAGGAACACUCUGCUGCUGCUGGGUUCAGGCCUCGCCUCACCGUCUCCGCGUCCCUGCGUGGGCCCAUGGCAGCGGCCAGCGUGACGCCCCCGGGCUCCCUGGAGCUGCCGCAGCCUGGCUUCUCGCGCACGCUGCUGGGGACGCAGCUGGAGGACAAGUACCUGUGCUCCGCCUGUGGGAACUUGCUGCGCCGGCCCGUGCAGGCCCAGUGUGGCCACCGCUACUGCUCCUGCUGCCUGGCCAGCAUCCUCAGCUCCGGGCCGCAGAACUGCGCUGCCUGCGUGCAGGAGGGCAUAUACGAGGAGGGCGUGUCCCUGCUGGACAGCGGCUCUGCUUUCCCGGACAAUGCCGCCCGCAGGGAGGUGGAGGGCCUGCCGGCCGUCUGCCCCCACGCCGGGUGCUCCUGGACAGGCACCAUCAAGGAGUAUGAGAGCACCCACGAGGGACACUGCCCAUUCAUGCCGACCGAAUGCCCGGCCUGCAAGGCCGUCGUGCGCCUGAGCCAGCGGGCGCACCACGAGGAACUGGAGUGCCCCCAGCGCAGCCUCCACUGCCCCUUCUGCCAGGCCCCCUGCUGCCGCGCCGACCUGGAGGUGCACUGUGAGGUCUGCCCCAAAGUCCCGCUGACCUGCGACAGCUGCAGCAACAGGAAGAUCCCUCGGGAAAAGGUGAGUAACCGCCAGCGGGCCAGGCCGGCAGGACCCCCCCUUUCCCAGACCUGUACGCAGGCCCACACCCUCUGCUGUGCCCCAAUGGAGAGCGAGUGGCAGCCGGAGCACGAGGCCCAGCGGCUGCGGGAGCACCUGGGCCUGCUGCUGGACCGAGUCCUGGAGGCCAAGCGCCUGCCUGGGAAUGGGUCCUGGGCGCCAGAGCCCCCGGAGCCAGCCGGGCUCCCAGAGAGGUGGGAUGCCCUGGAGAGGAAGACAGCCACCUUCGAGAACAUCGUUUGUGUCCUGAACCGGGAGGUGGAGCGCGUGGCCAUGACGGCCGAGGCCUGCAGCCGGCAGCACCAGCUGGACCAGGAGAAGAUCGAGGCCCUCAGCAGCAAGGUGCAGCAGCUGGAGCGCAGCAUCGGCCUGAAGGACCUGGCCCUGGCCGAUCUGGAGCAGAAGGUCAGGGAGGUGGAGGCAGCCACCUACGACGGCAUCUUCAUCUGGAAGAUCACUGACUUCGCCCGGAAGCGCCAGGAGGCAGUGGCCGGCCGCGCCCCUGCCAUCUUCUCCCCAGCCUUCUACACGAGCAGGUACGGCUACAAGAUGUGCCUACGAAUCUACCUGAAUGGAGACGGCACUGGGCGCGGCACCCACCUGUCCCUCUUCUUCGUGGUGAUGCGAGGCCCCAACGACGCCCUGCUGCGCUGGCCCUUCAACCAGAAGGUGACACUCAUGCUGCUGGACCAGAACAAUCGGGAGCACGUGAUCGAUGCUUUCCGGCCCGACGUGACCUCCACCUCCUUCCAGCGGCCGGUCAGCGACAUGAACAUCGCCAGCGGCUGCCCCCUCUUCUGCCCCGUGUCCAGGAUGGAGGCCAAGAACUCGUACGUGCGCAACGACGCCAUUUUCAUCAAAGCCAUCGUGGACCUGACGGGUCUCUAGUCACUCCCACCUGGGCUCUGCGCCAGGCAUGGCCACCAGGUCAGGAGGCUCACUGUGGACGCCAGCCUGGGGAGCAGGGUGUGGCAGUGGUCGGCAUGGUGGCUUGCCAUUGCUCCUGCAGCGUGGGCACUGGAGCCCAGCAGAGCACCUGCAGGACCCUCCAGGGUUACUCGGGCGUGGAAGCAGGGAAGGGGGACUACGGGCCCUUAUCUCUCCAGCACUGGGGUGCUGGGCCCAAGGUGCAGGUGGUGUGGGUGUGUGCUCCAGCCCCGCUCCCUCAGGACCAGUUAGCAGCACCAUCAGCUGAUCAAGGACUCACCAUUAAAUCUUUCAAACCUG